CUCUAAGUGAGCAGCACCAUAGCAACUUUGAGGUGCACUUUUGUGUCUUCACCAGCCUUGUUGGUGACAAAACAUGGCCAAACCAUGGUAAAGCGGGCCAUAUUAACUGAGUACAGCUUGUGUGCGGCGGUCUGCCAAGCAAUGACCUGUUGCAAGACAAUGUCUCAGUCAAUAGCGGCAUUCUGGGAGUUCACAAGGGGCCUAGCGACUGUCUGUGCGGAAGUUGGGACAAUAGGUAUGAUAGACUGUUUGUCUUCACCGGGUGGCGUUCGACAAAUACUCGUCCAUCCAGGUUGUAGACUAUUAUACUAUGGCCAGAACUAUCUCAUAUAUCCCUCUGCAUUUCCUCCGGAAUCACGCACUGAGGCUCCCACACCUGAUAUGUAUGGUCUUCAUUACGAAGGCGUUGAGCUGAAGACGGAGGACGGCGUGUUGCUGCGGUGCUAUCUCCUGACACAACGAAAGGAGGUUGUUCGUCGAUAUGCGCUGCAGAUCCUGGUUAACGAUGAGAUGUCGGACGACGAGUUCGCAGCAACGCGUCCUACGAUCCUCAUGUUCCACGGUAAUGGAGGCAACCUCGGACAGAGAAUACCGCUUGCACGCAUGUUCUAUAAUGAGAUGCGUUGCAACGUCUUUAUGCUCUCUUACAGAGGUUACGGCGACUCCGAAGGAAGACCAUCAGAGUCAGGCCUCUGCAUAGACGCACAAACCGCGCUGGACUAUAUCCUCGCUCAUGCGAACCUGCGGGGAACCCCCAUAAUCCUGUACGGACAAUCACUUGGAGGCGCCGUCGCUAUCCACCUUGCAAGUCGGAACCCAUCCAAGAUCCAUGCACUUAUCCUCGAGAAUACCUUUACCUCUUUUCCCCAAGUUAUCCCCCACGCUACUCCAAUCCCUUCUCCCCUUACAAUCCUGUGUCACCAGAAAUGGGACUCAGCAUCAAAGCUUCCACUCAUCCCCCGUGAAACGCCGAUUUUGAUGUUAAGCGGUGAGAGAGACGAAGUUGUUCCCCCACAGCAUAUGACAGAGUUAUGGGAGAUUGCGUCUAGGAGGCAGGGGAUAAAAGUGGACAGUAGAGAUGGGAAUGGAGGCGCUCCAGUAGGCUCAGGUGAGCCAAACGGUGAGCCGAACUCCGAAGUGGGGAAUGCAAGGUCGAGGUUCGUGAAGUUGCCAGACGGGUAUCACAACAAUACUUUUAUGCAGAUGGAUUAUUGGCAUGCUGUCAAGGAGUUCGUGGCAAGCCUGUGUUCAUGAAUUCCUCGCUAGGCCGUCCUCUCUCACCACUCUUCGCGUGCUGGCGCUGGCACUGUCAAGAUAUUAUGCACACUACAGGCCAGUGAUGCUCCAAUGGAAACGGACUGAUACCUAAUGGUUCCCUAUACUACGACCCUCUUGAUACAAUCGCUCACAUCUUUUCUCGUUAUUGGUCGAUAUUAUGGCCGUUGUCGGAUGUAAGUGUAACAUAGUUUAAAUACGUUUUCUUUCACAUCGGACUGGCCACCACCAGUGUGUCACAUGGAGCGAGUUGACGGAGUCACCCAAAUGCACACACUGCAGACUUGGAUUUCAGGGAAAUAGAUAUCAUCAAAG